AUGCGUCUUAAAUAUUUAAAGACUAUACUGGAAGGCCAGGAUAGCGACUGUCCUGUAGCUGAUAUUAGCUGGUCACCAAAUAAUGUAAAGUUAGCUGUAGCGACUGCUGAGAGACUUGUCCUGCUAUUCGAUCGUGAUGGUGUACGGCGCGAUAAAUUCAGCACCAAGCCGUCUGAUCCAUCCGCGGGGAAGAAGUCUUAUGUUAUAACAGGUUUGGCGUUUAGUGAAAAUUCGGAAUUGCUUGGUGUAGCACAAAGCGAUAACAUGGUAUUCGUGUAUCGAGUAGGCGCAGAUUGGAGCGGUAAGAAGGUGAUAUGCAACAAGUUUCCACUAACAGGCGCACCGUUGCGUCUGCUACCUGCCGAAAAUGGUUUUUUUACUGGAACAAGCGAUGGGAAAAUUAGAUCGUUAGAUUGCAAGAGUAACAAGAGCUCGAAUUUGUGGUCGGCGGGCGCGUGCUGCGUGUCGCUGGCGCGCGGCGGCGGCGAGGCGGCGCUGGCGUCGGGGCACGUGGACGGCACGCUGUUCCUCAACGGGCGGCUGCUGCUGCGAUACGCUCUACCGCCCACUGCGCUCGUGUUGUUGCCGCCUUACAUGAUAGUGGGUUCUUGCGACGGACGUAUAUCGGUUUAUGAAACUCAGCGUGGGGCACUAGUACGCAAUCUGGAGCCUUCGUUGCCGCCUGAUAGACGUGACAUCAUUUCGGCUGCGCUCAGUCCUUCCGGUCAGACGGUAGCAUUCGGUGUAUUCGACGGCUGCCUCGUGGGCGAGGUGAAGGAGUCCGGGGCUCUCGAGUUGUCCACGCUGCAGAUACCGAAUCUGUACGCGUCGCGCGCGCUGGCGUGGAGCGGCGAUGGCACCAAGCUGGCUGUGGCGUCGCAGACCGGAGCUGUGCUGCAGUUUGAAGCUGUUCUCAAACGCUGGGUGUGGCGCGACACGGUAGAAGUACGACAUGUGAGCCCACGACAGCUGCUGCUCACAAGACUCGCCAACGACUCGCCACCACUCACGGUUACCACUAAACUUGCCCCGGAUAUAUAUAACGUGCGAUUCAUCGGUAAUGACUGGUACGCAGUAUGCCGGACGAGCAGUAGUUUGAUACUUUGCGACAUAGCGCGUGGCUUGACCAGUGAGGUGGCGUGGAGCGGCUCGGGCGAGCGCGUGUACGCGGCGGUGGGCGGCGCGGGCCUGCUGCACCGCGCGGGCGAGCUCAGCGUGCUGGAGUACGGGCUCGACCGCGUGCUGCACACGGUACGCACCGAACGAGUUAAUCCCCAUGUGCUGAGUGUUCGCAUAAACGAGGGGCAGAAAGAAGAAGGCCGCGACCGUAAGCAUCUCGCUUAUCUCCUCGACCGGCAGACUAUAGCUGUCGUCGAUCUUGUUACAGGAGUACAAUUAGGUCAGUGGUGGCAUGAAGCUCGCGUGGACUGGCUCGAGCUGAAUGAGAGUGGAAAUUUAUUACUUCUACGUGACACGAGGAGACGACUUGCAUUAUUACGGUUGGAUACGGGCGAGAAGGAAAUUAUAGCGAGCGGCGUGAGUUUUGUACAGUGGAUAGAGAACAGCGAUGCUGUUGUAGCGCAAACUCCGACGCAUCUACUCAUUUGGUACAGCGCGUGGGAGCCGCAGUGCGUGGAGAUGUCGGAGUGCGGCGACAGUGCAGUUUGCGUGCAGGCGCGCGUCGUGCUGACGCAGGGCGCCGCCAGGCUCGCGCUCGACGAACAUCGACUGGAGUUCAAUACAGCACUUCGAAAUGGAGAUCUCGAGGGUUGUGCGCAAUAUCUGGAAAGCGUGGGUGGUACGGCAGACGUAGCGCAAUUGUGGCGUCAACUCGCGGAGCAGGCUCUGAAGAAUGAAAAUGUUCAAUUGGCUGCUAAAUGCUACAGAGAAGUUGGUGAUGAGGCUCGAACUUAUUAUUUAGAUAAAACCGUGGAACUGGCUGUCGCUGAAGGAAAUGGAGAUGUAACAACAGGUUUUAAUAGCCCGAUAGUCAGAGCUCGUCUCGCUAUAUUUGCGAGUGACCUAGCGACCGCAGAGGAAUGUUACGUAAAAAGAGCCAACCGGCCCGAAAUGGCUAUCAAUAUGUACAAGCAGUUCAAUCGCUGGACCGACGCCAUAACCCUCGCGGAGAAGACCGACAGAGAUACCGCUAAGACUCUGAAACAACAGUACAUGGAUUACUUGACUUCCACCGGGCGCUACGGUACGGCGGGCGCGGCGCUGCUGGCGCGCGGCGACCCGCGCGGCGCGGUGCGGCUGUGGCUGCGCGGCGCCCGCGCCCGGCGCGCCGCGGCCGCGCUGCUGCACCACCCCGCGCUGCUGCACGACGACGAGCUGCUGCACGCCGUGCUCGACCGACUCGUGCAGGAGGAGUGGUGGGAAGUGGCCGGGGAGAUUUCGGAGCGCAGGGGCGAUGCCGCGACAGCCGUGGAGUACUAUGCGAAGGGAAAUAAUUAUGGGAGGGCGGUUCAGCUUGCUCGUGAGGCAUGUCCCGGUGAAGUGACUCGACUAGAAGGAGAAUGGGGUGCAUGGUUAGUGGCCUCCAGGCAGGCGGGUGCUGCCGUGCCUCAUUUAAUUGAAGCGGGGCACACGAUUGACGCCCUAAAAGCUGCGAUCAAAGCACAUCAUUACAGGAAGGCAUUGCAGAUCGUGCAGGUCAUUGAUGAUAAAGAAGCUAUACAAGAACAAUGUGAGCAACUGGGUAACCACUUUAUAUCUACACAAGAAUGGGAAACUGCCGAACGUGUGCUAAUAUCGUGCGGUAUGGUGGAACGCUGCGUACGUGCAUACAACGCAGUGGGCAAAAUAGCUGAUGGAUUACGCUUGGCCUCUGCACAUUUGACCGAAGAAGAAACUAGGGAUAUUUUCAUACCACUGACACAAAAAUUUCGACAAGAAGGACAGCUGAGGAAAGCGGAACAGAUUUAUAUCGGACUCGGAGAUCCGGACGAAGCUAUAUCCAUGUAUAAGGAAGCGUCGCAGUACGAGGCGAUGUUGCGCCUGGUGGGCGCCCACCGCGCCGCGCUGCUGGAGGCCACGCGCCGGCACGUGGCGCAGGCGCUGCAUGCCGCCGGCGACCUGCGCGCUGCCGAGACCUACUACGUGCAGGCAGGCGACUGGAAGAGCGCCAUCCAGAUGUAUCGUGCGAGCGGGCAGUGGGAGAGCGCGGAGCGGGUGUCGCGCGCACAUGCGCCGGGCGGCGUGCAGCAGCAGGUGUCGCUGCAGUGGGCCGCCACGCUGGCGCCCGCCGCCGCCGCGCGCCUGCUGGCCGCGCGCGGGCUGGCGGCGCUGGGAGCGCGCUGGGCGCUGCAGGCGCAAAGAUGGGACAUUGCUAUGGAAUUGAGUGAUCUAGGAGGUGGAAUAACAAAACGUGAAGUAGCUAGGCACGAAGCUGCUGCUUUAGCCGAGGAGAAGCCUGAAGAAGCUGAAGCGGCAUUCCUGCGGGCUGCUGCCGCUGAAGACGCGGUGCGCAUGUGGCUGUCGAAGGGCCAUCACCAACGGGCUUUGGCUUUGGCUGAAAAACAUGCGACACAUAUGGUGGAAGAAGUUUUAGUGGAAGGAGCUCGAGCAGCUGCCGAGAGAGGUGACCUUGUGCAGUUUGAAGCUUUGAUGAUUCGUGCUAACAGACCUAGGGAAGUCGUCCAGCACUACAAAGAUCUCGAGCUGUGGGAGGAGGCGGGACGCGUAUCUCGCGAGUACUUGCCGGACAGUGCCGAGCCCGUGCCGUCUGCUGUACCGCCGCUGCUACAGCGUGCCGCCCAGCACGCCGACAGGGGCGAGUGGUGGGAGGCGGUGGAGCUGCUGCUGGGCGCGAGCGCGGUGGGCGCGGCGGGCGGCGCGCUGCGGCUGGCGGAGCGCGCGGCGCUGCGGGCGGCGCGGCUGGCGCGCGACCGCCUGCGCGGGCCGCCGCGCCGGGACGCGGCACGGCUGCUCGCCGACGCAUUUGCCACGAUUGGACAAAGUGAAGUCGGCGAACAACUUCGAGUAGCUCUGCUAGAAGGUGUGGAUGAUGAUACAACAGCCGGUAACUUUAACGUCAAACACGAGGCAGCGGUGGAAGAGUCUGAUCCUGAAUCUUCAGCCUUGGAAAAGUUGGCUCGUGCGGGACAAUGGCAGCGUUGCUUGGCACACGCGGGGGCGAAGGCUCCACACUACGCGCUGCGAUACGCUGCGAACUUAUUCAAGGCACAUUCUCGCACGGAAGGUGUCGAUAUCGAAAGUGAAGAGGUGCCUGAAGUUUUGUCUCAAGUGAUCGAUACACUCCGUCAAUAUCUUACUGAUGACGUCACCGUGUCCAGCGCAGAUGCUCCAUUGGCUAAGGCAGUCUGUAGCGAGAUUCUCGUACGAAUAUCGUUGGCUCCGAAGGCAUUCACUGUCAUGAAGGAUACUGUAGCGGUGAUGGUUGCUGCAGGGGCUGAUGAUAGAGCAUUACAGGCACUCACAUUGCUGAUGGGUCUACAUGUGCCUCAAAUAGCGUCCAAAGUAGCUCGCGCAUUACCGCGGUAUACGGAUAUCAUAGUCGCUGAUGUUGCCUAUUAUAUGUGCGGCUCGACGAUCCGUUCGGAGGAGGACGGCGCGCGGGAGGCUUUUGUAAUGCUUAACCACUGCCUGGACCUCGUGGAGGCGGCCGACGAUGACUCCGCGCAACUCAUCGACUACGCAGACUUUGAGUGCACGGACUGGUCGCGCUCGCCGCUGUUGCUUGAGAGCGCGUGCGUGCGCGGCGAUGCGUUGUCUGCGCUGCGCGACUGGCUGCUCGCCGUGUCCAUGGACCAGCAGGUGGACCAGACUCUUCCCACUGAUAGUCGCGGCAAGUACAGCUCGUACGUAGCAGAGGAUGAACCGUGCUGCGUCCUCACGGGCUACCCGCUCUCUACGCGACUGGUGACCUUCACUAAUGGUCGGUGCGCCAACCGGGAGCCGUGGUCGCGCGUGCGCUCGGCGGCGCGCGCGGCGGGCGCGGCGGCGGCCGUGCUGCGCGCGCUCGGCGCGUGGUGCGGGCCGGCCGACAGCGCGCACGUGUAG